GCCGGAAGUGUCAGAAUACGGGUAGGAAAAUAAUUCCGGCAUGGCGGUCCAAGAAAAGCUGAAAGGUAGACAAGCUAGCAGUGGAAUAAUGUGGCCGAGUGCGAGUUAAGAACGCGGCGGAUUUCUGAGACUCAGCGGUGGAGAGACAGAAAUGUCAGGAUUCCUGGUGACGGAUUAAAGCUGUAAAGAUGCGCAGCGGGGACUGAAGAGCUGCUUUACAACCGGCUCAGGGACGCGGGAUGGCGGCUAUGAAUACAGUGAAAGGUGGGACGGUGACCUGGAGGCCGCAGCCGUGGCAGGACGCUGACAGCGCUGGUGGCGAGCCUCUCUCAGACAGCGACUCGGAGGAAGAGGACUUUCCAGACGACACGACUACUCCUCUAGGAGAGUACAUUACUCAGGGCUUAAAGCAACUCCUUGACGCUCAGCAGUUGUGUGAUGUCACUCUCUUAGCGGAGGGAAAGAAGUUCAUGUGCCACAGAGUCCUCUUGGCCGCUGUCAGCCCGUACUUCCGUGCCAUGUUCACCAGCCCCUUGGUGGAAUCUCGGCUCACAGAGAUCCGCCUGGAGGAGGUGACGCCUUUGGUCAUGGAGACGGUUAUCCAGUUCGUCUACACGGGGGAAGCGGGGCUCAGCCUUGAGACGGCAGAGGACUUGUUCGUGGCAGCUAACCGUCUUCAAGUCAUGCCCUUGCAGAAUCUUUGUUCAAGGUUCCUCUUUGAGCACCUUUCUGUGGAAAAUUGUUUGGGUAUGUACUCUCUGGCACGCUCGCAUCACGACCAGCUCUUGCUCAGAGCCUCUCUGAGGCUGGUGGCUCAGCAUUUCCCUCGAGUGGCACGCCAGCGAGACUUUCUCCUGUUGGACCCAGGCACCCUGGGAAGCCUCCUGGAGUCGGACCGGCUCGGAGUGGAAUCCGAGACGGAGGUCUACGAUGCGGCGCGGCGCUGGGCUGAGCACCGGCCCGCUGAACGCUAUGUCCACAUGCCCACUCUGCUUCGUCACUUGCGCCCGGGCCUGCUGGCCCCUGAGGAGAGCAGGCGGCUCAGCAAAGAGCUGGGCCCGAGGGCGGGCACUGAGGGUAUGGGAGGUCCUCUGAGGCCCCGGGAGGGCAUGCUGGAGAAGAAGAUUGUUUGCGUGGACCUUAAGCCCAGGGAGGACGAGGCUUUACGAGAGAGUGACUACACGGUGGAUUGUUUUGACCCACGCACAGGCAAGUGGGAGAAACUUUCAGCCCUUGGCUCUUUGCUGUGUCCAGGCUGCACGGCUGUCGGCGGCCGGCUUUUUGUAGCGGGCGGCAUUUUAAGAACAGGCCAGGUUUCAUCGUCGAUGCACGAGUACGACGUAGUGCUGGACCGCUGGAUAUCGCGGCCAUCCAUGGAGCAGCCACGCGCCAUGUUCGGCCUCCUGGGCUCGGGAAACUUUCUUUAUGCCCUCGGUGGCUGCAACCGAUCAGCUCUUCUCGAUACUUGCGAAACGUUCGACCUCACGACGUUAACGUGGGCACCGGGUCCACGUUUGCCUUUGCCACUGCGCUCUUUUGCCUGCGCCACGCUACGAGGUCGACUGUACUUGCUCGGAGGCGCCACGUUGGAGCAGAACAGGGCCAUGGUGCAUGCUGGUGUGCUCAUCUACCACACUGGGACAAGGACCUGGAAUCGCAUUGGCCUUGAUUCCGGUGCCACCUGCCUGGCUGGAGGAGUAGCGGUACGUGGAGGAGUGUGCGCUGUGGGUGGGUACAUGCGCGACGCUGCUAAAUUUCUGGACGGCAAUUACACCCAGUUGGAACCACUCGACGCCACUGGACGAGUUCUUUUUUUCCGAGAAGGACGGGCAGCGGGGACUGACCGGGACGCCAUGGCCGGAGUAGAGAGAAUGGGAGGUGGUGGUAGCGACCGCGCUCCCAGUCCAGUGGUUUUUCCAGGUCUGCCACGGCGCAUAGCUGCCGCAGGCGUCGCAAGGUGGAAGCGCAGGAUUUAUGUGUUGGGUGGUGAGAACGGCUCGAGGUUUUACGACAGUGUGUACUGCUGGAAGCCUGGCUGGCGGAGCUGGGUCCAGAGACGCGAGAAACUACCAGGAGAUACAGGCGGAGUGAGCCAGUUUGGGUGCACCACUCUAAAGUUCCCCAAAAAACACAUCUUAGCACGCAUUAGAACAGCCCUGGAGAAGCAGGGGAAGGAAAAGAGACGGAAACGAAAGACGGAGGAUGUGGAAAGAGACCGGCAAACCCGAAGGGGAAACCAGGAAGUGUGAUUUUAUUUAAGGAAUAUGUUUGGGAGUUGUCCCUUUCAGUCAAUCUUAUUAAAUUUUAUCAUCAUACCCUUUUAUGUUUUGUCUUCCCAACAAACAGACAUCACACUGGCAGCUAAUGCUUCUGUUGUUUUCAAGGCUCCUUUAUCUCACUGCUAUAUGUGAAUGAACGCAAAUUUAAGGUCGAAUGCUGCAAAAUGUCCCGUAAAUCAUGUUAAGCCUAGUACUGAAAUGUCUCUGGAAUGUAUAUAUAAUAGCAACAUAAAAUAACAGGCUUGCUGAAAUCACUCUCAGAAACUACGCAAUAGCCGGAAUGACUCCACUCAUUAAAUUAAGUCUAAUGCCCUGUUUGGACCGUAUUAGUUUUUCCCAGAAAAUAUUUCUAUGUUUGUUUGCUCUGAACACAGGACAAGGGAGAUUUGUAUUUUUUUUAUUAUUAUUUAUUUAUUUACUUUAAGCACUCUUUCACCUCCAGUGAGCGUGGAUGUUUCUAUCACACGUAGCGAUGUAAUUACGACAUCUGCAAAUAUAAUAUAAGCUUUAAUUUUUUGCCAUUUAAUGGCCUCCCAGUUUAGUUGGUUUGUAUUGAAAUAAUAUGAUAUAAUACACAAAGACAGGUAAAUAUUGUGUACCGCAACUGCUGGUAAAAACCAGAGGCGUCUGUUCUCACAUGACCACCUUUGAAUUUAUUCAAAGCUUGUAAAUAUUUUAGGCUAAUUUUUUUUUUUCCCCCCAGAGGUGAAGAGUGUAAAGCACUGACAUCAGGAUGGAAAUAAAAUCACAGAGGCGUCUAUGAAAAGGUGAAAUUAUCCCGACUCUCUGUGUAAAACUAAUGCUGUCUGAACAGGGCUUAAAUCCAAACCUGGUCCUUUAAAAUGAAACUGAACGCAAACAGAAGCUUAAGCACAUCAUCUGUUAAUGAAAUUGAAUUUAAUUUAAACGUUUGGUUCGUUUUUAAAAUAUUAAUUUUACUGCAAUGUUUAAAAUUGACCUUUGAGCACAUUGAGGUCAACAGCCAUCUAAAAAAAUUUAUAGACAUUUGUUUUCUAUACAGCAAAGGAACAAAGAUGAUUUCAGUAAAAUGUAUUUUAAUGCUACUGUGUAAAGAGGGGACAUUUCACGUUCGUGAAAACAUGAAUACAUGAUUGAGCGCAGUUCCAUACCACCUGCAGCACAGUAUUAUAACCUGCCACUAAUUGAAGGGCUUAUCUGAGCCUUAUUAUUGUAUCGUAGUCCGUUUACAACACUGUUCUGACUUUUUUGCCUUAAUGUUGGGUCUUUAAUUUAGUUCAUAUCAGGAGCACCACCAAGGACGCUUUCAUCUCCAAAUGUAAAACACAUUACAGUAGUUAUACAGCAAAUAACGCACGACAGUUUAACAUUAUUUUCACUUCUGGUUUAAAGAACAAUGCCAGUAAUAUGUACAGGAGCCUAAAUAUAUACUGAAACCAUCAAAUGCUGUUGACAGAAGCAUAAUCCCCUCCCUGCACCUUGCCAGUAAAUGUUCUCUUCAUGUGCUUUUAUUAAAUGCAUCAACAGCACCGGACGUCGUGUUAUGUCUCAUAAAAAAAAAAAAUACAGUCCCCUCCAAAAGUAUUGGAACGGCAAGGCCAGUUCUUUUGUUUUUGCUCAACACUGAAGACAUUUGGGUUUGAGGUCAAAAGAUGAUUAUGAGAUUUCAGCCUCUCAGCUUCUAAAUAUCAGGAAAUCAUAUUCAUCUUUUGAUCUCAAACCCAAAUGUCUUUAGUGUAUAGAAAAAAAAACAACAGAAUUGGCCAGACUGUUCCAAUACUUUUGGAGGAGACUGUAUAAACCAUGAAAUCAAAGUAAGAACCAAAUAGCUGAUUUUAUGUAUUUGUUUCUUGUGUAUAUGAACAUAACAGCGCAAGUUUUACCGAAGCCAAAAGAAUGAAAACUCUUGGUCAACCCAUUUUCAUCAAAAAACUGGUUCAGUCAAAAAAAAAAAAAAAAAAAAGUACCUGGUUUGUCAUACAAUGAGCUUUUUCGAAUGGAUUAUAC